AUGAGUCUCAAUACCGAACUAGCGGGCGUGCGCGACAACUUCUACGCCAAUGCGCCAAAGUCUAUCGUUGAUCCCAUCAGGGAAUCAGUCUCAAGUAUCAAGGCCUCUUAUGAUCCAGGGACCGCCAUUCAAGUUGGUGCUGCCCUGCCGGAAUUCAUCUUGACGGACGCACUUGGCAAUACUGUCUCCAGCAAGACUGUCCUCGCCAAUGGCCCUAUCCUCAUCACCUUCUACCGUGGCGAGUGGUGUCCCUUUUGCAACCUGCACCUCGCAUCUCUCCAGAAGCACCUAGCUGAGUUCGAAGCUAAGGGCGUCACCCUCGUGGCCAUUACGCCCGAGCUACCCACCAAGACACUGUCCAUGACAGAGAAGCAAGGUUUGAAAUUUACUGUGCUUUCUGAUACGAGCAACAAGUAUGCACGGAAAUUAGGUAUUGUGUGGAAGAUGCCCGAGACCUUGAGACCGGUCUUUAAGACUGCGGGGCACGAUCUCAUUGAGGGCAAUGGCGAUGAUUCCUUCGAGUUGCCCAUACCAGCGUCAUUGUUGGUGGAUGGAAAAGGUGUUGUGCGAAAGACUUUUGUUGAUCCGGAUUAUACCAAAAGACUUGAGCCCGAGACUGCGCUGGAGUGGAUAAAUACUGUAUAG